CAUCAAAACGAGCUGCACAGUCACUGUCGUGCUCGUCACUCUCACACACGUUGCUGUAGACGCCGGAUUUCUUACAAAUAUGUUGGCGGGAACAACAGCGUUACGGAGACUUCCGAAACUUCCGAAGUCGGUGCGCGAUGUUGGUGGAGCGGUAAAACAACAAAGGAUUGACCCGCACAUGGAACACAAAAUUGAUCUAUUGUUGGAUAUGGCUCCCAGCCCCUAUGAAGAAGAACUAGACACUGGAUAUAACGGAACAGGCAUCUCGGGUAACCCAAGCUCCAUAGACGCUGCGCUCAUGCAGAUAAAGUGCGGGGAUUGCAGCUGCGGGCUUCCUGUGAGAAUGGAGCAAUAUGGACGAGCAAUGGGCUGCACUCAAGCGGUGAAAAAAUUAAUUUGUUCUUGCCCACCCAGGGUCUGCUAUAUGAACCACAUUGCGAAGUGUCUACAAAUGUGGGCCACCGGAAAGUGCAAGUCGCAACACCUAUUCGUCACUUGCCCCUAAUAUUGCAAUAAAGGCCUCUUUAUGAAACUGC